AAGCAGCAUCAAAAUGGCCGCUUACGGUGGAAGGCUGGAUUGUGUUUUCCGAUGUUUCCAGAUUGGAUUAUUAGGAACUGAUGGAAUAUACCUGAUAUUGUAAAAUAGCUCCCCUCUCACAAACAUAUAUUUAUAUAUAUAUAUAUAAAUAUAUAUUAGAAAUAACCAACAGAGAUGAACCGCCAUCAAGUUUUGACUGGCGCCUGUAAUUCAGGAGACCAAUGUUUUGCAGUUGGGAGCGUUGAAGGAAUACACUUUACGGCCUAUGCUGCUGGCUGCGAUAUAGCGAUUCUUGCCAGUGAUUUCCAAAGAGUCCAAGUCAUACCUGGUGUCACUCAUGGUAACAUCAAAGUUAGCUGUGUCGACUGUUCUACAGAUACUGGCAAGAUUGCAGCCUCUUACCAAAAUAAGGUCUAUAUAUUUGAACCAACACCUCUACUUCAACAUGAAAGCUCUCAUAAAUUGGACUACUGCUGGUACAAGACUGCCUCUUUUACCGCCGAAUGUUUCAUCCAUUCUCUGGCUUGGAACAUUGAUGGUUCCAAGCUUCUCCUUGGUGGUGAAACCAUUCAGAUCUGGCAGUUAUCAUCCCCUGUGCCUGAUGAUGAAUUCACCUCAGGAGUCCAGUUCUCACUUGGAGAUACAGUUGGUGUUGAUGAAGAGAAUUCACUGCACGUGCCAGGUGCUCCUCCUGUUUCCAAAGCUGCUUCAGAAGUUGAACAGCCGGAAUGGAUCUGUGUGUGGCAGUGCAAACCAGCAACACCUGUGUAUCAUUUAAAGUUUUCACCUGACAGUCUCCUGUUUGCAUCUGUUGGAAAAAAUGAUAGAGUUGUGAAAAUUUGGUAUGAAGAUCGAAAAGUGUUGCUGCCUCUCUCACGACAAGAAGGCCAUCCAAGCCCUCGCAAAGAAGAAUUACAUUACUCUUUUGUGUACAUAUGCCAUCCACGAGCUGUGACAGGUUUUUCAUGGAGAAAGACAAGUAGAUAUAUGCCCAGAGGGGCAGUUGCUAACAUGUUAGUGACUUCUUGUAAAGAUAAUGUUUGUCGGAUUUGGUGUGAAACCAUUCUGCCAGACGAUGGCCUGGUUGAUCUAGACCAGUUUGAUCCUGUGGCCACACAGGACCCAAGAUAUCAUACUCGCAGACACAAGAAGCGCUUCAUGCAGAGAUUAAAGACAAUCCGACAUGCCAUCAACAAGAGGAAGAAGCAACAGAAAUAUGGCCCAGAAACGGUAAUGACUUCAACACAACUGAUUGGUACUCAGAGUGUUCAUGACUUUCACAAGUUUGGUAUCCACCACAAUGGAAUUGCUCCGGCAUUUCAUUUCCACUUGGCUGGAAGUGUCAAUCCAAAAACUGAUAUUCCCCUGUUACCAACUACGGGGAACUCAAACGAUCAGUUGUUCCACUUUCAACUGAACUGGUUGAACAACAAAGAACUUCAGUUCACAACGGAGGCAGAGAAGAUUCUCCAAGAGAUGCACAAACACACAAGCCUCAAUGACGGUGGCAUGGAACUGAAUUCCUGGAUCAGCGACACAGCAGGUUCACAACAACGGAAUGGUGCAACUGAGGAACAUAACGACACAGACCCUGAUACUGGAUCUCAACCGGAUGAAACGUCUGCUGGUACAAACCCAAGGAAGAAGAAAGCCACUAAACUAUUCCGUCGUAAACACAAACAGGCCAGCAGAAGUGUUGACAGCGGUUCUGAUACUUUGAGCAACUUUAGCUCUGAUUAUCUGGAUUCUAACGAUGCCGCUGUUAAUGAAUAUGGAGCCCUGACCGACAUUGUUGAUCGUAAAAUUGAGAAUUUACUGCGAGACUGGCAUCAAAGUCCUGACAUGUUGUUUAGUGUCCAUCCACAAGAUGGAAGUUUUCUUGUUUGGCUUGUUGACUGGUUGGAUGAAUACACAGCAUUCUGUUUCCGUCAAGCCCAAGUUAGUUUCUCUUGCCGAAUACCACAUGCAGUACCGAUUCUUGAUGCCCGGACAAUGUCGAGUAACAUAUUGUUAUAUUGUAAAUAUAGUAAGAUGGAUAUAAAGUCUGCAAUGAAACUAAGUGAGAGUGACCACAACAUGGAAGGGGGUCAGAGAGGGCCCCUCUUAGAAUCGGCAGCACCAAUGGGCAAAAGCUCACCCGGACAAAGCGACAACAUGCUCAUACCAAAUGUACUCAUGAUCUCGAAACACCUCAACGGUAGCUUGAAUCUGUGGCAAGUCAGUUUCUCUGAGACUUCAAAGUUCUCAACUGUGAUGAGUGUGGCGCACAUAUCUCGUGCCUGUGGCCACCGCUUCCGUACAAACUCUGCCUCUUGCCACCCUGUGCUGCCGUUACUUUUGACCACAUCCCAUCACAACAUUCCUGAAGCAGACUCCCCCAACAACAACAACUAUGGCGGGCUUGGCCAGUGUGACCGAACUUCUGGUUUUGAGUUCUGCAGUGAACUCAUCUUAUGGAAAGUUGAUCCAGUUGGCCCUCUCUCCAAAUCAGGAGGUAUUGUAGAACUGGCCAGAAUCAACUCAGCUGAAAUUUCAGCUUUUUCUAAUGUUUCGUGGAUACCAACAUUACUUCCCAGUAAUACACUUGGUGGCUUCAGCAACUCACCUAGUGCCCUCUUUGUAGCAUCUGACGGUGAAAGCCUACGAAUGUACCAAGCUGUUAUCGAUGCACGAUCGAUGUUGAUCGAAUCCCAUGUCCCAAAGAAAACUUGGCUGGAGAGUCAGUCCAGCAGUAUGGAUACCCAUGUAGAAGAGGAAGAAGAAACAACACAGACAUCAGUGAAUGAUAUUUUCAAUAUAGUCAGUCUACAGUCCACUGCCCACCCUGGCUGUAUCAUACAGCUUGAAAGUAUUGUCGAUGCCAAACAGGACUGGCAGGAGACUCAACUACUGCAUGUCUUUCAAGAACAGUUGCUCACUGGCAAAGUUCCUAUUGAUUCCACAAUGGAAAACUUGGAAGCUUUUGUGGAUCUUAGGAACUUGGCUUCAUUUGAAGAGCAUUUCUACUUGGUUCUUUUGGAAAAGUCUAAACAUGGUGGAUCAGUGCUACAUAUGUGGAAGAUCACCAUUGCAUCUCACUCGGCAAAUGAAAGCAAGACUCCCAGCCACAUGGAACAACAGCACAGAGAACAAAGUUUUGUCAAUUCCUUUGAUGUCGACUCCAACGAAGAGGAAGAGGAAGACUCUACUGGCGAACCAUUCAGCAAGUCACUUGUCAGUGUGAAAAUCUCUUAUUCCACAGCUAAGGUGUGUACUCAACAACUCCCGCUACCAAGCAAUGUCGAGGUGAUCUGCGCAACAACCGCAGCUGGCCAUCUAAGCUCUGCUUCAAUCUACCCUGCAUGUUUGGCCCCUUACCUCAUUGUAACGGCCUGUUCCAACAAAUCUGUAUAUUUUUGGCGCUGUGAAAUGGAAUCGGUGGAGCCUUACGUCUCUGUAGGUGGCAUCGACCCCCUCGACGACUAUCUGACAACCAGCAUCACCAGCUUUGAGAUGGCCAUCGACGACAGACGAGGCUUUAAUAAACCUACCUAUAAGACACAUGUCAAGUCUGUUGCCCUCAAUUCACGAUACCAGUGGCAACAGUGGUUCAUGAAUAAUCGGAUGAAAAAAUCAAGUUCUAUAUCAAUCCCAGGGAAGCCCAUCACAGUCUGUUGCGCUUACAGUGGGAGACUAGCUGUGGCAUAUCGCUUUGGUGGAAUACGCACCGCAUUAGACCAACCCAACAAUGUGUUUGUCAACUUAUGUGUAGCAAUAUAUGAAUGUGAAUCAACAGGUGGGUCAGAAUGGUCUCUUGAAGACACUAUAGAAUUAAACAACAUAAGCAUUCCUGAUCCAAAGGCAGAAAUAGAUUUGAACCUGAUAAUGAGUCCUGAAAAUAUUACCCUUCCAGUGUUUCGCAUUGGAGAAGAGAGUUCCAUCUCCCCGUCCAGUUCUUUAGCCAACAUGUCUCGCACUAAAUCUGUUCCUAGUCUCUCGACUAUCCACAGCGUACGUAAGUCUAUCGCUGAGUAUGGAAACAAAACUGGCAUAUUGGUACAAAAACAUUUAGUACAACUAGACUGGGUCUCUACUGAAGACGGAUCCCACAUCUUGACUGUCGGUGUUGGCUCAAAGAUUCUCAUGUAUGCCCAGGUAUCCGAAGAAAUUGCCCAGAUUUCAAUGGGCAAACCUGCAAACACUCGCAAACGGCAAACCAAUCAUGCAAAACGAAUUCACAAAUCCAAAAGCAUUGUCGUGGACAACUACGAAGAAGAAAUUCGUUGGAUGAAACUCCGAUGUAUUGAACUCACCACAGCAGAUUGUUUACCUCCCCUGCCCAUGCACAUGUCCUGGGUUCGAUCGGGUAUUCUUGUUGUGGCUAUGGAUAAUGAGGUCCAUGUCUACUCCCAGUGGCGAGGUUCUGCUGCUUGCUUUGAUAACCAAAGCUUUGGUAAUUAUGACGAGCCAGAUUGUGACAAACGAAGCUUGUCAGAUUUCAGUCUAUCCGCUAUCCCGAGUUCAUCUAUGCUCACUGCUAGCAAGUCCAUGCAGAAUUUCAAGUCAUCUUUAUCCAUAUCCAGUUUCAAGCAACUUCCAGGUGCACCACUUACCCCUGUCCACCCCAAGAAGAAAGAGCUGAGUAAGAGAGCUAGUUUGACUAAGAGUGAAAGCACUGCUAGUUUAACUUUAAUCACUGAUCUUGGUUUAUUUGAAGCUGCACGCCAGGCCAACCCUGUACUAGCACAGUACCACCCGAAGCAGUUGAUUGAACUCUUAAACUUUGGACGCAUCAAACGGGUGCGUGCCAUCCUCUCACACCUGGUCCGGUGCAUUGCUGUUAGCGAAGUCUAUCAAACGACAUAUAGUGAUGAAAUAGAUGCUUCAGAAAACAAAAUGCAUUCUAUGCAUCGCCAAAGGACAAAAUCAAUUGGUGCCAGCACUCCAAACGAGGCAGCUGGCAUCUGUGAAGAAGCAACGCUUGACUACAUUGAAAUCACCUCGAUUCCACCUUUACCAAUUUAUGCUCUCCUUGCUGCUGACAAUGAUUCUGCUAUCGAUGCAGACAUCGUUGGUGCCGGUACUGGCAGCGGCAAACCAACUUCACAAGACUACACAGAUCUCUUUGAAAACAAUUUAGACGAUUCUGAUUCUGACACAGACGUCUUUUCUAACACCUCUGAUGAUGGCAUCACAUCUAGACAAAGGUCCAACAGCAACAGGGCCCGUUUUAUGUCCAUGUCAGCGCCAACACCCCAUCAGAUGCUCAACGUAUUUGGCCCAACGCAAUGUCAGUCUCUUGGUAAACACCUCACCCACAUGCUUCUACCAGGGCUCACGAACCUUGACCAAAUGUACCUCCUUGCUUUGGCAGACACCAUAUCAACGACCAGCACAGAUACCAGCACUUACAAUGCAAUGUCAUCAGACAACCAACGUACAGAUACCGAUAUAACUCCACCCAAUACAGAAUCUAUGGAUGAAUGUGGAAUCAAAUUUUUACUGGCGAUGCGAUUUCAUUCUUACCUGGCAAGGACACUGCCACCCCACCAGAGAAGACAGCUACAAAAAGAAGGACUGCGUUCCCACUACAUUGUUUGGGCCUUCCAUUCUGAAGCUACAGAGGAGCUCCUUGCAUGUAUCCCUAGUAUGAAAAAAGGUGAACCCACUUGGAGUGACUUGAAGCAAUAUGGUGCUGGUUGGUGGAUCACAAAUAUUAACCAGCUGCGGAAAACCAUUGAGAAGGUAGCAAAAGCUGCAUUCCAAGCCAACAAAGAUCCAAUGGAUUCUGCAAUAUUUUAUCUUGCAAUGAAGAAAAAAGGCAUUUUGUGGGGUUUGUUCAGAUCAGUGAAUGACAAAAAGAUGAGUGAAUUCUUCCACAACAACUUCAAUGAAGAACGUUGGCGGAAAGCUGCUUUAAAGAAUGCAUUUGCACUCCUCGGUCGUCAGCGAUUUCUUCAUGCAGCCGCUUUCUUCCUCCUCGGGAACUCAUUGUCUGAUGCAGUUGAGGUGUGUCUGGAUCGUUUGAAAGAUAUCCAGCUUGCAUUAGUUAUUUGCCGCCUAUAUGACGGUGCUGAUGGGCUACCAGAAAGUGCAAAAAAGAUUCUAUAUACCAAAAUACUUGGCUGUAAUGAAAAUGGUCAAAAUUACCUUCCCAGCAAAGCUCACCCUGAUCCAUUCCUUCGCAGCAUUGUAUUAUGGAUGUUGAAAGACCAUGACGGUGCUCUGCAAACCCUUCUCCAAACUGGGGUCGGAGCAGGACAUAUGCUUGAAGAACAGGAUGACGGAGAGAAAUAUUUCUCCAGCCCUAGCGUAUUUAACUUCUACAAUUUUCUCCGAGCCCACCCACUCAUCAUUCGACAAAACAAAGUUUCCAGAGCUGCCGAAAUGCCACUUGUUUCUCAGAGCACUCACAUUGGUAUUCGUGAUAAGAAUGCCACUAAUGAUGAUUGCAUCACUCCUGUGGAACGCAGACUGUUUUUCACAACAGCUCAUGCACAUUUCAAAAAUGGUUGCCCACUUCUGGCCCUUGAGGUUCUCUCUAAACUACCUCCACUCGUAGACUAUGAAGAAGUUAUUGAAAUCGAAACUCCAGGUCAAUACCAAAUUUCCGAAAUAUUUGACCGCAGGUCAUCUUUGAAAAUGGCUAUGGCACCAGCAGAUCUAAGUCAACCAACACAGUUCCAAGAUUCCGCCGAAAGCUAUGAUUGGGGUGAACCAGUUCAAACCUUGUCACAUCAGCGAUCCGUUGACUUCGACUGGGGCAUGCCGAUUACUUCAUUAAACACCGACUUUGAUGAAAAACUUGACCUCACUCUCGAUGAGAAUUCAGAGAGGUCAGACAAUGAGUCUGAUUGUGCCACAAAAGGUAGCAGCCGCAAAAACUCUGUGCCGGCCAAAGAAACAGAUGAUGAUUUGUCUUAUGAUAAGAAAGUCACUGAAGUCGACAUAAUGGCACAGCAGUACAAGUUCAUUGCCUGCCUGAAGGUGAUGAUGGAGGAAUUACGGACGUUAGCAACUGGCUUUGAGGUCGAUGGUGGCCAAAUGCGCUACCAGUUGUAUAUUUGGUUGGAGAAGGAGGUGGAAUGUCUGCGAGUGUUAUGCAGCUAUGGUGGAGGCAAGUCAAACUCCCAAUAUUUAAUGGAUGGAGAUCUUGACAUUAGUCAGGAUUCAAACAUCGGCGAGGAAGCAAUUGGCAGUAUUAGGAGAGACUCUCGUCCAUCUUUGCACCAAAUCAUCCAUGCAGAAAAGAUGAAUUUCGAAGCAAAACUGUCAAGGGCUGCUCGUCGGAAACAGUGGCUGAAGGUCAAUCAACAACUUUUGCGCACGCUUCUUAGCUACUGCAUUCUACAAGGUUCCGGAACUGGCGGUUUAGCAUCAGUUCAGAUGGAGUUGCUUCUUCUGCUGCAAGAACUGCAACAGGAACGCACCCAGCAACAGCUGCUCUCACCGUUGCCAUUCCCGACAACGCUACCUCUACUUUCUGCCAGUAUUGCCAGUUCAAAGACAGUCAUUGCUGAUCCAAUCCAAUAUUUGCAAAACCUAACUCAGGAUUUGUUGCACUCAAUCGUAGAGUUUUCUAUGCCACCUAGCCUCAAUUGCCAAACGAAUAUCGUGUGGAUGAUGCGCAACCUCAGCGUUGCUCUGUCAUCGUCCAUUUACCAAUGCUUGUGUGACAUAGAUAAUUCCAUGAUUAAUCAAAACCAAAGAACAGAGAUGGGUCUUGAAGGAUUUACUAGAGAACAGACACGAAAAACUAUGCGACGUAAUUAUAAAAUGUCUAGAAGACAUUCUGGACAAUUCCCCAGUCAUAACAUCUCUUGCCAAGCAAACAAUCUGAUGUCAGGAUUGAACCCCCAACGACGUCGUUUACCCAGUAGUGUAUGUGAAGAGGCUGUGAACACUUCACCUUCUAAGUGGCCAGGUGUGACAUCUUUACGUGUCCUAUUAGUUCGUGAGCGUGAUGAGGAAUCUCCAAGGUUAGAUGUACUCUUAUGUGAAUCAUUGGUGGCUGUCUACAUGUGUCUGCUCAUCAAUGGCCUAGCUACUUAUGAUGUCCACCUACUCUAUAGACUUGUAGCCCACAAGUUGGACAAGCAGACGUGGGCAGCACUGUUUGGAGGAGGUGUUAAGACUGUAAUCAAAAGAAAUUCUGUUCUUCUCCCCAAAGGUCCUGUGGAUGAUGCCGCUAAGCAUAGAAUGAAAGUUCAUAUGAAGGCAAUGGGUUCAGUAAGGAAAGAUGAAAGACAAACAUACGAAGAAAGAUUUGUGCCGCCUGAACUAAGUAUGAUCACUUAUUUCAUGACAAAGCCAUUCCUGUCAGCAUCCAAUUCCAUCAUCAGCUACGAUUCUGAUACAUCUCUGUCGGACGAAGAAGAGGAUGAUAUUGAGUCUCAAGAAGAAGAAGAUGACAAAAUAUGGACUUCAGGGAGACCAACAACACUUGGUCUCUCCCCCAUGCAACAACACAAUGAUCCCAACUCCUAUUCCUGGUGCUUAAUUCGCUAUGCUAUUGUUCGACUAGUGCUGCACAACUUGCACAACUUCCUACCCAUGGUUUCUAUGGAACUGCAAGAACUUCCUGUCAGUUCUCCGUUGCUACAUGCUGUUCUGAAGAAUCUGGAACAAUGGGAGGAAGUGUUACACAGCAAGCUAGAAUUGUUCUCUGGGCCACCAGAUAAUUACAUUCCUCACCUGAUCCUGGAUGUUGAAACAGGAAUACCUCACACAAAAUAUGAGGCUUUACUCAAACCUCAUAACUCGCCCUUCAUAAACCACCACUCAACCUUACCCUUGAAACGUCUCUGGUUUCUCAUUGUCAAAGAAGAAUACCUGAAGGAUGUGUUCAUUCGCUACAUCUUCCGGAAGAAAAGGUUUCUUGAAGAUACUGAGAUAACACUAAACUCAGGAGACAGCGAAAACUCUGAGAAGAGUUCAUCUUUGAUGAAAGUUAUUCACAAAGAACAAGAUAUCAUUACAGCAUUCGCUAUAAAUCAGGCCAAUCCCAAUUGUUUGGCAUUGUCUACUCAGAAGGAAAUUGUGGAAUUAGAUAUUGGUGCCUUACUAAAUCCGCCAGCCUGGUUAGGUGAUGAGAAUGAGUACGACAUUGAGACCUUGAUCAAUACGACUGCUUAUGGCUACGACGAAUCUGACUUCGUUUUGGUUCAGACGCCGUUCGACCAGCUUCCUAAUACCGCUGUAUCCACUCCUGGCACACCGAUGUCUUAUAACUCGGCCAACACUGCAAUACCAAACAUACAACAAUACAACUCAACUAAUCGGGCUAAUGUUAUCAAAGGAAUUAAUCUGUCAGGGCUUGGAACCCCCCAGUUCUGUCAGUUUGUCCGCGAUAGAAGUAGACGCUUGCUACAGUCGAUAAUUCAGAGAAAUGUCACUGGUGUCAGAAGAAUUGGAGCUCACCCCCAUCUACCUCACUAUCUGACCGGGAGCACUGAUGGCAGUGUCCGCAUGUGGGAGUGGGGCCAUCACCAGCCAUUGUCUCUGCUACGACAGCCUGGCUGUUUCUCAAAGGUCACCCGUACCCUAUUCAAUGCCCAAGGUAAUAAGUGUUGUGUCAGCGACGCUGAGGGAUCAGUGUGCCUCUGGCAAGUUGGUAUUGGAAGCAAUUUCAAUAAACCAAUUAUGAGUUUACAAUGUCAUAACAAAACAACCAGUGAUUUUACCUUUGUUGGUUCCUGCAGUCUUAUUGCAACAGCUGGCCAUUCUUCAGAGAGUAAAAAUGUUUGUCUUUGGGACACCUUGCUACCAACACGAAGUGCCCUUGUCCAUCCAUUUACCUGUCAUGAACACGGAAGCCCAGCAAUUGUCUAUGCUCCACAGCAUCAACUCAUUAUCAGUGGCGGCAGAAAGGGAGAAAUUUGUUUAUUCGAUAUGAGACAGAGAUUAAUGCGACACACCUUCCAAGCCCAUGAAUCCCCAAUCAAAAGUCUGGCCCUGGAUCCAGAAGAAAGGUUCUUUGUGACAGGUUCUGCUGAAGGAGACAUCAAGAUCUGGAGUCUGGACGUUCACCAACUGGUGUGUUCAUUCGUUGGUGAACACAGCAAGACAACGUUUUUCCGUAAUGUCGGUUCAACGUCUGGGGUCACGCAAGUGACAGUCAUACCACAGAACCAUCUUCUAUCCUGCGGUGUGGACGGCUCUAUGAAAAUCCGGAAACUUCCAGACAAAGACGAUAUCGUUCACAAUUGGUCUGGCUGAUUUAUCACUCGACUCGUUCCAAAGUCGACUAACAGAACAUAUAUAUAUAUAUGUGUGUGUAUAUAUAUACAUAUAUAUAAAAUAAAACAAUGUUGGGAAAGAAGGAAAGGGGUUGAAAUUUGAACAACUUGCAGAGAUGCAAUUUGGUUUUUAAUUCUUGUAAACUAGGCAAAGCCACAAUGCCACUAUGUCCCAUUGCCCCACCACCACCACCAUCUCUUCUCUUCUCGCUCAGUUUUCUACCCAAAAGGAACAACAGACCACUUAGAUGUAAACUUGAACAUAAACAAAAUAAAAACAAAAAAAAACAACAAUCCUUCCACCACCACCACUCAUUUUCCCCCUCCAAAAAAACAAACACUGAACAACAA